CAAUGGCUGAGACUCAGUUCGACCCGAGUACCCACCCCCACCGCCGACUAAACCCCCUCACGAACGAGCACGUCCUCGUCUCCCCACAUCGUACAAAGCGGCCAUGGCUCGGUCAGACGGAGCCGCCGCAAUCCGUAAAUCUCCCAGAGUACGAUCCGAAGUGCUACCUCUGCCCCGGCAAUGCGCGCGCCGGUGGGCAACUUAACGCUGCGUAUGAGCACACCAUGGUCUUCGAGAAUGACUAUGCUGCCGUACUUCCUCCGCCCGGCCCUGCCGCGCCGCCUGCGCCCCACCCGCUACUCACCACCCAGCCUGUACAAGGCGGCUGCGAUGUGCUCAUCUUCCACCCCCGACACGACUUGACGCUGGCACGCCUCUCUCUUCCUGACAUCGAGCGUAUAAUCGGGGAGUGGUGCGAGGUUUACCGCAAGCGCGGUGCGCAGGAGGGAAUCAAUUAUGUGCAGAUUUUCGAGAACAAAGGCGCCAUGAUGGGGUGCUCUAAUCCCCACCCGCAUGGGCAGGUUUGGUCGCUAUCCACGGUUCCGUCGCUCCCCGCUACCGAGCUUGCGAAUCUCAAGCGGUACGCAGGAUCCGACGUCGCACCAUCUGGUGCGCCGCGCGGUCCUCAUGACUGUCCGUGUAUGCUGUGCGAGUAUGCCCACUUUGAGGCAAGCGUCGGCCCAGAAGAGGGCCGCGUCGUGGUCCAGAACGACCACUGGCUCGCGCUCGUCCCCUGGUGGGCUAUCUGGCCGUUCGAGAUCCUCUUGCUCCCCUACCGCCGUCACAUUUCUUCCAUCACGGACCUCACGCCAGAGGAGACGAGCGCGUUCGCGGAUCUUCUGUCGCGGGUCACCAAGCGUUAUGACAACCUCUUCUCGUGCUCGUUCGCAUACUCCAUGGGUUUACAUCAACGCCCCGUGCCGCGUGCGAAUGACAGCAGCGACGAGAACGAUGUGGCGCACCUGCAUUUGCACUUCGCCCCACCUCUGCUUCGAAGUGCGAGUGUGCGCAAGUUCCUUGUCGGGUUCGAGCUCAUGGCAGAGCCUCAGCGAGAUCUCACGCCUGAACAAGCGGCUGCACGUUUGCGCGGUUGCUCGGAAGUGCACUACCUGGAUGUUGCGGAGAGCACGCCGCUCAGCGCGGAUGCGCCUACAGGGAAAGAUGUCGACCCCACGAACAGCUAAGGAAUAGAGACGAGCGCAGAACCCGAGCGUACGGGAUGCCAAAGUGCACUAGAAGUUAUGUUUAGAUGUUGUACGAAUUGACAUGGUUAACUUGCA